CGUGACAAGUUUAUUGGUGAUGACGUCAUGAAAACGGAAAUGAAAUCCAUUGCUUAAUGUUGAUGAAUUAGGCAUAAUCUGUGGAGUCAUUGCAGUCCAUUUAGUCGAUUUUUGAUGACUUCAGCUGUAUCGAGUCCUUGUAAGUGGUGUCUUUUAUUUACUUGAAGUCACUUGCCAUGUGCCUUUUAUUUUGGUCUUGUUGUGGAGCCUCUGGACACACCUGGGGGAUAUUUUGACUCGAACUGUUCUUCAGCAUUGUUGACAUGCUAGUUGGUUGGAUUCCUGUAAAUUAGAAAAAAAAGUAGCCCUCAUUUUGUGCCUUGGCCUUUGACCUUCCUGUGCCAAGUCAAUCCUUCCCCUUAAAGCAUUCCAAUUGUCAAAUGGCUUUAAAAUGAGUUGAAUGUCUCAUUCAAAUGUUUGUGCAUCACAUGACUUCAGGACUUGAGUUCAGCUCAAGCACAAAGCAUCACAUUUAAAGUGUUGUGGGUUGCUAUGGGUUAAAUGGAGUCCCACAGGGGUCACUCCCUUCAGGCGGUGCUGUGUUCAGGCUCCCAGCAUCUUGUGUUCAUUUAUACUCACAUGCUACUUAACCACAACGGACGGGAGGGAUCCCUAGCCUGUUUAUCCAUGGUCGUCCUCAGGAUAAGAAACUCCAACAAAAGGAAAUGCAUGUUCAUCUGCUUGUGCAUCGCUGUCUUCAUCGUGUACAGACAUCUGGACCUUUCAAGAGUUGGACAAAGAAUGAGCAGGAAAGUCGGACUGAGUGCCAACUCGUCCCAGCUCACCUUGGAGGGGAAGCCUUUCCGUAUCCUCGGAGGAUCCAUCCAUUACUUCCGUGUGCCCAGGGCCUACUGGAGGGACCGCCUGAUGAAAAUGAAAGCCUGUGGCAUCAACACACUCACCACAUAUGUACCCUGGAAUCUGCACCAGCCACAGAGAGGGGUCUUCAACUUCCAUACACAGCUUGAUUUAGUUUCAUGUAUACGGAUAUCAGUCCCUGGUGCUUUGGCUGCAGCACCUCGCCUGACAACGGCAGCAUCUCCUCAACAACAGCAAUUUAACCACAGCAGGGACAUGGCUUAUAUUCAUCUCGCAGCCGAACUGGGUCUGUGGGUGAUUUUACGUCCAGGGCCCUACAUCGCCUCUGAGUUAGACCUGGGUGGACUCCCAAGCUGGCUCCUCCAAGAUGGCAGCAUGAGAGUGAGAACAACACACCCGGGAUUUAUCGAGGCUGUCAACACGUAUUUUGACAAACUUAUACCAAAUGUGGUGCCUUUGCAGUAUAAGAGAGGCGGUCCCAUCAUCGCUGUCCAGGUUGAAAGUGAAUACGGGUCUUUUGCUAAAGAUGACAGUUACAUGCAUUUCAUUAAAGAGGCGUUGCAGUCCAGAGGGAUCAGUGAGCUCCUGCUCACAUCAGACAACCACAACACUUUAAAGUCUGGCGGCGUGGAUGGAGCUCUCAGAACACUGAAGCUGCAGAAAGUCAACCAGAGAGACGUUCAGGAUCUCAACGCAAUCCAGCCCAACAGACCAACCAUGGUGAUGGACUACAGGACAGGCUGGUACGAUGUGUGGGGCGACCUCCACCACGUGCUCCCCGCAGAAGAUAUGGUGUCCACCGUGAGAGAAAUUCUGAGACGAGGCAUGUCAGUCAACCUCUACAUGUUCCACGGAGGCUCCAGUUUUGGUUUCAUGAGCGGAGGUCUGGCUGGACCUUCCUACAAAGCAUUCGUCCCCAGCUAUGAUUAUGACGCUCCCUUGUCUGAAGCCGGAGAGUACACACAGAAGUACCACCUCCUCCGAGAUCUACUUUCUCAAUUCAACAAAGGUGACAUUUUGCCCGACAUGCCAGUGUUACAACACAGAGAAGCGUAUGAAACGGCAAUCACAUACCAGCACUUGUCCUUAUGGGAUGCUUUGAGCUUUACUGAGGGACCUUUUAAGUCCGUCAAGCCGGUGAACAUGGAGAAUCUACCAGCCAACAACAGGAACGGUCAGUCCUAUGGAUACACCCUAUAUGAAACAACCAUCACCAGUGGAGGAUUGUUGAAGUCAGGAGGCAACGUUAAAGAUCGUGCCCUUGUUUUUGUAAACAGGAGUUACAUCGGGCUUUUCAAACAGCAGACUAUGGAGAUGGCUGUUCCAGAUGGCAAGGGACAGCGAAUUUUAAGUUUAUUGGUUGAGAACUGUGGUCGAGUUCACCAGGGAAGGGACCUCGACAUGCAGCGCAAAGGUGGUUUAUCAGACGUGACACAGGAUGUUGUCAUACCGGCUGUGAUUGACAGGUCAAUUUUAAUAUGUGCCGUUACAGGCCUUGUCGGUGACAUUUUUCUAAACGAUAUCCCACUACGGGAUUUCACAACAUACAGCCUGGAAAUGAAACCCAGUUUCAUUGAUAGUCUCUACCAGGCUCCUUGGAAAGCUCUUCCUGAAACCCCCACUUUCCCUUCCUUCUUCAUGGGCCAACUGUUUGCUUACGGCUAUCCCAGCGAUACUUUUGUGAAACUGCCAGGUUGGGAAAAAGGUGUUGUUUUUAUCAAUGGGAUAAAUCUGGGAUGCUACUGGUCCAUUGGACCCCAGCAGACUCUCUACCUCCCUGGUCCUUUUCUCAACAGUGGAAUCAACCAGAUCAUUCUUUUUGAGGAGCAAGAAGGCGACUACAAGGUCAAUUUUGAGGACACGUCUGAUCUUGGAAUGGCAGCUGACAUCCUGUGACUGUCAUCGUCUCACCUGUAUCUAUAAAAUGUUACAUUUUACUCAAUUACUGGUACUGUUAUGUGUGACUAAGUAAGUUUAGCCAUUACAUUUUUUUUUACCUCAGUCUUUAUUGGGGAAGAUACUCAAUUCCAUUAUGAUAUAACCCAAGAGCUACAAGAUACAAUAUAUAUUUUUUGCAGUUGUAGAAUGUUAAACUACACUGAAUCACAUUGAGGUGUAUUUAUUUUUAGCUACAGUGUGACUGUAGCUACUAGUGUUGUGUAUCAGGUUUGACAAGCCAACCUAAUCAAAUCAUUCCUUUUUUAAAAUGUAUAAAUUUUUAAUCAUAUCAUGAUACUGCUCUAUCAAACCGAGAUUUACAACCUAGUAGCUACAUUAAUAAUUUUUUUUUAAUUCCGUCCAAGAUUUUGCUUAUUUUUUUAGGUUUGUUGUUUGCAUAAUGUGAAAUAUUUUGAUGUUUCAUAUUCAGAUUACCUCGGCCAUCUCUGUGUGGAGUUUGCAUGUUCUCCCUGUGUGUGCGCGUGGGUUUUUUCCAGGUAUUCCGGUUUCCUCCCACAUUCCAAAAACAUGCUAGGUUAAUUGGCGACUCCAAAUUGUCCGUAGGUAUGAAUGAUUGUUUGUCUAUAUGUGCGACCAGUCCAAGGUGCCCGAAGACAGCUGGGAUAGGCUCCAGCACCCCCCGCAACACUUGUGAGGAUAAGCUGUAAAAAAUGAAUAUUCAGAUUACUUAGAAGGCAUGUAUUUAAAGUUCCUAUUUAUUUUAGUUUUGUAUGACAUGACAAACCCUAUUUAUUACUCGACUUUACUGGUUCUGUUACCGCAAUAGACCUCGUUCAAAUAAAGA